AUGAUGACAGAGCCUGCCAAACUUUACCAGGCCAGUGUUAUUGCACCAGUUAACAUUGCUGUGGUAAAAUAUUGGGGUAAGCGAGAUAGUGUGCUCAAUCUUCCAUGUAAUUCUUCGAUCUCUGUCACUCUGUCACAAGAUGACUUGCGAACCCACACGACGGCAUCCUGUUCACCAGCCUAUGAUACCAAGGAUAAUCUCGUCUUGAAUUCUGCGCAGGAAGACAUUACCGGCGCGCGCACACAAGCAUGUCUCCGCGAACUGCGCAGGCUUCGCGCUAUCCUCGAAGAUACAAACCCUUCACUACCCAAGCUUUCUACACUUCCAUUGCGAAUCGUUUCAGAGAACAAUUUUCCUACUGCUGCAGGCCUUGCUAGUUCAGCGUCCGGCUUUGCGGCCCUAGUUUCUGCUAUCGCAUAUCUCUACGAGCUACCAUCUUCUUUGACGGACCUAUCUCGUAUUGCGAGGCAAGGAAGUGGAAGCGCCUGCCGCUCGCUUUUUGGCGGAUAUGUUGCGUGGUACAAAGGGAUGGAUGUAGACGGAUCUGAUUCAAUCGCGGUAAAUAUUAAGCCCGCGUCGCACUGGCCUACUAUGCGAGCCCUAAUUCUUGUGGUCUCCGCUGCUAAAAAAAACGUUAGCUCAACAACAGGCAUGCAAACUACGGUCGCGACAUCACAACUGUUCAAAUAUCGAGCCGAUGAAGUUGUACCCCAUGUCAUGACAGAAAUGACUCUUGCCAUUCGGGACAAGGAUUUUCAUAAUUUUGCAAGACUCACCAUGUCAGAAAGCAAUAACUUUCACGCCACAUGUCUAGACACAUCCCCACCAAUCUUCUAUCUUAAUGACACCUCACGGGCUGCUAUUCGCGUCGUAGAAGAUAUUAACCAGAAAGCAGGGCGCCUAGUUGCUGCGUACACCUUCGAUGCAGGUCCUAAUGCUGUGAUAUAUUAUCAAGAAAGUGAUGAAAACCUGGUGGCCGGUACAUUAAAGAGCUUUCUUGCUAAUGUGGAAGGUUGGGAAGGCAAAGGUGAAAAAAUUCAAGAAAAGAGUUGCGACGGAUUGAGUAAGGACGCUAUAGAGAUACUGCGGGUUGGUGUGAGUAGAGUAAUUCUCACAGGUGUCGGCGAGGGCCCACGUAGAACGAUGCAGAGCUUAAUUUCAGUUGAUGCGCUAGCCACGAAUAAUAUGUGA